GCUCUUAUGGUACUGAGCAUGGCCCUGUUCUGCCAGGCACUGAAGAGACCCCAGGUGAGAUCAGACCCCACUGUUGUGCCAGGCUACAGAAUGACGUCCACGUUUCGCUCCAGAUCAUCCCCUCCUCCCAGGGGGAAGGAAAUGGCUGCAAUGGAGCUGGCUCAGUAGGGUUUCCAGUUCCCAAACCUGAUGUGAUCUCGCAGCUGGAACAAGAGGAAGAGGCAUGGGUCCUGGACUUCCAGGGCUCUGAGAAAGAAGUGCUCCCAAGAGCUGCCUUCACAGAGAGUGACCCAUGUCUGGAUUCUCUCUGUCUCCCAUCUGGUGAUGGGAUGGUGAGUGAGAACAAGGAGGAAAAACCCCAGCAGGAAGACGCUGUGCAAGUAGAACCACAUUGGAUGUUAUCAGGAAGAUUCAAAGGGAAUGUUUCCAGGAGUUGUGCACUCCAAGAAAACACAAAAUCCUGUGAGGCUCAGCAGAGGCCAGAGGAAAACUACCGUAGCCACUCAGACCUUAUUCCACGCGACAGAAUCUACUUGGAAGAGACACGCUACACAUGCCAGGAGUGUGGGAAAAGCUUCAGUCGGCGCUCACACCUUAUCAGACAUCAGAGAAUCCACACAGGUGAGAAACCAUAUGGAUGCUCUGAGUGCGGGAAAAGAUUCAAUCAGAACUCAAACCUUAUCGCACAUAGGAGAAUCCACACCUGUGAGAAACCGUAUGGAUGCUCUGAGUGUGGGAAAAGCUUCAGUCAGAGCUCAGAUCUUAUCAGACAUCAGAGAAUCCAUACGGGGGAGAUGCACUACACAUGCUCUGAGUGUGGGAAAAGCUUCAGUCGGAGCUCACAGCUUAUCACACAUCGCAGAAUACACACCAGAGAGACGCCCUACACGUGCUCUGAGUGUCAGAAAAGUUUCAGUUGGAGUGCACACCUUAUCAGACAUCAGAGAAUCCACACGGGGGAGACGCCCUACACAUGCUCUGAGUGCGGGAAAAGCUUCAAUCAGCGCUCUGCCCUGAGUACACACAGGAGAAUCCACACAGGUGAGAAACCGUAUGGAUGCUCUGAGUGCGGGAAAAGCUUCAAUCAGAGCUCUGCCCUGAGUACACAUAGGAGAAUCCACACAGCUCAGAAACUGUAUGGAUGCUCUGAGUGCGGGAAAAGCUUCAGUCACAGCUCUGCCCUGAUCACACAUCAGAAAAUCCAUACAGGGGAGAAGCCCUACACAUGCUGUGAGUGUGGGAAAAGCUUCAGUUGGCGCUCACACCUUAUCAGACACCAGAGAAUCCACACAGGGGAGACUCCCUACACGUGCUCUGAGUGCGGGAAAAGCUUCAGUCAGAGCUCUGCCCUAAGCACACAUAGGAGAAUCCACACAGGAGAGAAACUCUAUAUAUGCUCUGAGUGCGGGAAAAGCUUCAGUCAGAGCUCAAGCCUUAUUAGACAUCACAAAAUCCACAAGUGA